UAUAACUGUACAUCAAUAAACACAUACAACUUUUAUAUAGGUUUAAUUCAAGUCACUUUUCCUCGUGUGCGCUUGCUUAAGCCUGUGUUGGUGUGUAAGUAAGUUCUGUGUAUGCUGGGUUUAAAAAACAAGAAUGAAACUUGAUCUGGAUUUCUAAAAGCCACCUUCAUUUGACGCUCGAAAACACUAACAAGCGAUCAACUUUGCCAGACACAAAUGUCCAGUCCGUACAGGAAACUCUGCCUGACCACUUCUCUACUGACCAGUGCGAUAGGCUUCAUUACAUUCAUGUACUGGACCUCUUUGACCAGUCCAGCCCAACCUUUCAAAACUCAGACGCUAAGUGCGAAAAACAAUUUAAGCUUGCAAAUGAAUGUAAACAUAUCAAAACCGCAAUUACAGAAGCCUACCCAAACGGAUAAGACUAUUUAUAGCUUUUCUAAUCUUCAAGAAGAGGUUGAAACACUGUCGGAAACAUUACUCAGUAAACUAAAAAACUAUCGUCAAAGUAAAAAUGUGGUAUUCAAACCAACCUGUCAAGGUAAGCGAUACCGCAGUAACAGCUGCGACGGAAGUGAUCACUGCUUGCAAACACAGCUUCCGCUAGAUCCAGUAGACCGUGUGGCCCAGCUGGUAACGCCGGAGAGGCUCAGACUAACCCAACAGCACCGCAAAGCGCUCCAGGAGAUGGGGAAUAGCGUCAGGGCGCGCUACGACGUCAUUAUUGUGACAGCAGCGUCUUCCAACCACUUUCUAGAGACGCAGGCGCUCCUCAAAAAUAUCCACGCCAACGUCUUCCCCUAUCUGCGAAACUAUUCUUUAAUCUUCUACGACAUUGGCUUGACCACUUCAGAAAGAUCCGCCAUGCAGAAGUUUUGCAGGUGUACAGUGUUGGACUUCCCGUUCCACAAAUUUCCAAACUUCACCUCACAACUUCGGUGCUACUCAUGGAAGCCAGUCAUCAUUAAAUCUCAGCUCCCCAACGCCAACGUUGUCGUCUGGGCAGACGCGUCUGUCAGAUUCAUCAAAGGCGCCAUCACCGCCUUCGUGGGCAGCGCCCGGCAGCAUGGGCUCCAGCUCGGGGGCAGUUACUCGUGCUCGUCGAUUCGAACAGCGCGAAGCAUGUAUCAUUACUUCGGUGAUGAGCCGUGUGCUUAUUUCUGCUUAGGUCAAGCCAAGGCAACUGUUGGCGUGUAUCACAAUGAGUAUUUCGUGGACAGAGCCAUCCUGGAACCAUGGGUGGCCUGCGCCUUGAGCCAGGACUGCAUGUGUCCUACUGAUCUUCCCAACACAGGCUGUUCCAAGGCCAAGGUCAUCGAAGCGCAACUUUCCAACCUCAAUCAACCAAUCAUGUACGGGGUGUGUCACCGCUUCGACCAAUCAGCGAUCAGUAUCAUCAUUCAUAAACUCUACCAAAACUACUAUAAACAAAUUUUCAUUAACAAUCACCCGUUUUGUCAAAUCUUGCGGAGGGACACAGAAAAGUAUUUCCCCGAAGAAGAUAAUGUCGAUGACUGAUAGCUUAGUCGUAAAAACUAAAAACUGUAUAUAUUAAGUUAUAUAUAUUUAUUUCAAACAAUCAGUGCCUUAAGUUUGCUCUACGCUAACGAUGCGUGCCAACUACAAGUCAAUCAGCCCUAGACUCGAUCUACACUUUAGAUCAGGGGUUCUCAACCUGUGGGUCGCGACCCCCUUGGGGGUCGAUUGACGAUUUGCCAGGGGUCGCCAAAGACCAUCGAAAAAAAUGCAUUGUUUCUGUCUAUUCUUCUAUUGCUGUGUGUGUUUGCCGGUGGGGGGGGGGGGUCGCGGCAGUGUGGGGGAUUGUAAAAAAGGGGUCGCCGAGCAUAAAAGGUUGAGAACCGCUGCUUUAGAUCUACUUCCGAGGCGAAGUUACACAAUAAUAGAUGCUUACAAAACUAGCCUGUGAUGUAUCAAUGCGCCUUUGUGUUGUUCAGGGUCGUAGACUUAUAGCACCAGACUGCUGGUAGACAGCUAAACUGCA